CGGUGAAUUUUCAUACUAAUCGCAAUCAAUAUUAAAAGUCUAAUUGAAACGUUUGCUUGUUGUGUUGUAACAUCCAUCCAGACUGCUGAAUGUUCACAGUAUAUUUAAUUACAAACAGCAUAAACAAUCACUCAGUCACGUGUAUAAUUAAAAAGUAAUUGUACUAAUUGUGGUAUUGUGACACGAAACGAACAAUAUGGGAGAGAACGUAGAAAUCGAUAAGCUAAUGGAUAACCUCCGAGAACUACUGGAUGAAUAUAAAGAAUUGGUAGAAAAUAAUAAGAAAGACGAGGGAAUAGAGAUUAUGAAGACAGUGGAAAAAGUUGUAAUUAAUAUGGAAGAAUUAUGCACUGAUGAGGAAAAGAAAAAGGAAUUAAUCGUGCUGCAUGCAACGGUAAAUCUAAAUGUUGCUUCUUUAUAUCGUGAUAUAGGGGAACUGAAAGACCAUGAAACACACUUACUGAAAUGUUUGGACUUAUUGCAAAAACAAAAGAUAGAUAUGAAAAUGAAGCUCAGUCCAAUUAUUGGGUGUCUGGGUCGAUUAGGUAUGAUUUAUUCCGAAUGGAACCAAAACGAGAAAGCGCUAAAUUAUUUCAAUACAUUGGAUCAAAUCUUUGUUGACUAUGCAAGUGUUGGGGACGAUUAUAUUUUUGAAGAGCCCAUCUUCACUUUUAUGAAUAUCAUAAAUAAUGUGGAGAAAUUUAAAACUACAUUGGAGGACUUUCACAUGCUAGCGUUGUAUUCUAUGGUUCAGAUUUAUUUUGCUCUGGGUGAUCACAAAAAUUCUGCUCUAUCGUGUCAUAGGACUUUGUGCAAACAGUUGUAUCUCAACAAAACUACGCAAAAGCUAGACUAUAUAGAUUGGGUUUUGAACGCAGCAACAUUGUCCCAAUACUUUUUGCAAAUUGAAGCCUUUGAUCUAGCGAGGCAUCAUUUAGCUGCUGCAUCCUAUAUAUUAGAAACAUACGAAAAUAUAUUGAAGGAGAAAACCAAAGAGAAUCCAGAAUCUGAGCAAAAUGCUGCAGAUUGGGAAGAUUUUAAACACAGAAGUGCAGAUGUUGCUAUGUGUUGGUCGAAGUAUGGUAUCAUACUUUUAGAUGUAUCUAAGGAAAGGCUUUUAGAAAUGAGCAAGCUGGAUGAAGAUAAUAAUGAGACAUUUCAACAGAUGAAUCUGAAAAAAAUUUCAGAAUUGAAAUCGAUUGCAAACUUAAAAUUCCAUGAUUUAGAAGAGAAAAUAGAACCGAUUGAAAACCAAGUUACUGAUCAAUAUUUGUUAGAUUUCGAUGAUGCUAAGCCAAUAUUUUUAAAUGUUAAAAAAUGGUUGGACCAGGCUAAAUCCUAUUACACAUUGAAUGAACACGCAUCGGUUCAUGUAACAAUUGCAAAAAGUCUUGCAGGAGCAUACUAUCACUUAGCGUUCUUUGAAGAGGACGGAGAUAGACAAGCAAAAAUGCACAAAAGGAGGAUAGAUGUUUUAGAAAGUGUUAUAAAUGAAUUAAAUCCUCAGUAUUAUAAAGCUGAAUGUAGACAAUUCUGGAUUUCUUUAGGGGAAGCAUAUUCGGAUCUACUUAGUACAAAGCUCGACCGUUUGAACUCCACUGACAGGAAGCCAGAAGCGAUAGCAAAAAUUAAUCGAUUGGCACAAAAUUCGAUAAAUAAUUAUCAAAGGUUUCUCGAUUCUUUAGAUUAUUGCUUUGACGAUCCUGAAUUGCGAGAGCUGCCCGAUGAUGUAUUGCAACCUACCCUAUCUUCCCAUUUUCAUAUCGGUAGGCUGUAUGGAAAAAUGAUAACUUCUGACAAAGCAGUUCAAGCAGAUAAUACUGAAAAGUCUAUCAAUGCAUUGAAAUUUGUUGUUACCUAUUGCACGAAAUAUACUGCAGCAUCAGAGAUUAUGAAAUCAGAAUUGUAUCUUUGCAAAGAACUGAUCGCUUUAUUGCCGGUGAGAUUAAAUAAAUUACGGGAAUCAGUAAUGAAGUAAUUGAUAAUGCAUCAUUGUACAUUUUAACACGUUUCUAAGCUUUAUUUAAUAUACAUUUGACAUUCUCUAUAAAUAUCUUUUGUUUUUAUAUUUUGAAACGAGUAAUAGUUCCAAGUCUAUUACACGCAAUAUAUGUUUUACUGUUUGAAAACAGUAAUUGUAAUAUGUACUCCGAAGAAGAAAAUAAAUUUUCUUAUAAUAUAUUUAAAAUA